AUGGCGAUAUGGGGCAUUCUCGGACGUAGGAUUGAGCACAAAGAGCUGAAUGCCCUCAUGGACAAGAUUAAACAUGUCGUUGGACUCCAGAAUGAUCUCAUUGGGUUGGAAAAAGACAUACGAUCCGGAGAGUGCAUGAAUUCAGUUCUCAUUUUGGCUCGCUCUGGUCAGGUCGGCGAUGUCGUCAACGAACAGAAAACGAUCCUCGCCCGUGCACAGAGAGUCUACGAAAUGCACAACCAGUUGGUCAUUGAGGCGGUGGAAAUAGCUCAGAAUUUCCUUUCGCGUCCAAUCAUUGAUAUGACAUCGGAGGAAAAGGUCGCUGCAAUGGAGACGAUUCUUCUUGUCGCCCAACACCAUCUGCAUUGGUCCACCUCAGCAAGACGGUAUGACGUUGUCGACCAGUAA